GAGGCGGGCGCGCGCGCCUUCGUCCUCGACUUCGACGGCGACGUCCAGGCGUCGCAGCUGGCGAACCUGCGGGAGGAGGUCACGGCGGUGCUCGGCUUCGCGAACGCGACGCGCGGCGACGAGGUCGUGCUGAAGCUCAACUCGGGCGGCGGCACGGUCACGGGCUACGGCCUCGCCGCGGCCCAGCUCAUGCGCGUCAAGGACGCGGGCUUCAAGCUCACGGUCUGCAUCGAGCAGGUCGCGGCGUCGGGCGGCUACAUGAUGGCGUGCGUCGGCGACCGCAUCGUCGCGUCGCCCUUCGCGGUGCUCGGCUCCAUCGGCGUCAUCUCCGACAUCCCCAACGUCUACCAGCGCCUCAAGAAGGAGGGCAUCGAGUUCCAGACCGUCACGGCCGGCGCCUACAAGCGCACGCUGACGCCGACGAAGAAGGUCACGAAGGAGGACAUGGACAAGUCGAAGCAGGACAUCAAGGAGAUCUUCACCUUGUUCAAGACCUUUGUGGCGGGCCAGCGGCCGGCCCUCGACAUCGACGCCGUCGCCACGGGCGAGACCUGGUUCGGCGAGGACGCGCUCAAGCGCCGCCUCUGCGACGAGCUCCGCACGUUCGACGAC